GGCGCCGACAAUGAGCCUCCAUAAAAGGGAGCGGCGGGGGGCUAGAGCCCCGGAUUGAGCCCUCCCCGCCCGGGGUCCCGACGCUCUAGGUCUCGGGGAGGCCCAGACGCGCCCGUCGCAGGCCGGGCCGGCGGGCGGCGGGGAGGGGGCUGCACGGGGCGGGAGGCGGCCGCCGGCUUGCGCGCAGGCCUGCGCGCCAGUCCUCCGGCGUCCGAUCACCGAGAGCCCCCCCCAGGCCGCGCCAUGGCCCUGAAGGCCGAGGGCGCCGCGCUCGACUGCUUCGAGGUGACACUCAAAUGCGAGGAGGGGGAGGACGACGAGGAGGCCAUGGUGGUGGCCGUAAUCCCGCGGCCCGAGCCGAUGCUCAGAGGGUCUGGAGCCUUCGAUCCACGCCCCGCGAGCUCCGGAUCUUCCGGUGCCCGAGCGCCCCCUCGCCCGGGCCCAGCACGACGGCUUCGAGUGGCCCAGCAGGAGAAGACCCCACCGCCGAGGCCCAGCCUGCUAGAGGCAGGCAGCGAUGGCUGUGAGGAGCCCAGGCAGCAGGUGUCUUGGGAGCAGGAGUUCCUGGUGGGGAACAGCCCGGGAGGCAGCGGGCGGGCACUGUGCAUGGUGUGUGGGGCCGAGAUCCGGGCCCCCUCGGCGGACACGGCACGCGCCCACAUCCUGGAGCAGCACCCUCACACCCUGGACCUGAGCCCUUCCGAGAAGAGCAAUAUCCUGGAGGCCUGGAGUGAGGGGGUGGCCCUUUUGCAGGACUUCAGGGCCGAGCAGCCGUCCCCGCCCCAUUCAGACUCAGGCCAGGAGGUCGAAGUGGACCCAGACUCCGACCCGGACCCCGAAAUGCCAGCAGAGAUUGUCGUUCUCCUCGACUCCGAGGACAACCCCUCCCUCCCUAGAAGGAGCCGGCCCAGGGGACUCCGCCCUCUGGAGCUUCCUGCGGCCCCUGUCCCAGAGCCGGUAAGCAAGAAGCCACGUGGUCAGAGAUGGAAGGAGCCCCCUGGGGAGGAGCCGGUCAGAAAGAAAAGAGGCAGACCCAUGACCAAAACCCUGGACCUGGACCCGGACCCGGACCCAGGUGAAGGCGAGGAAGAUCCCCCCUCACCCAGCUCACCCACCGAGACUUUUGCGGCUCCCGCCGAGGUCCGACACUUCACCGACGGCAGCUUCCCCGCUGGCUUCGUCCUCCAGCUCUUCUCCCACACCCAGCUCAGGGCCUCAGACAGCAAGGACUCGCCCAAAGAGGGGAGAGUAGCAGAAGGAGGUCUUCUCCAGCCGGAAAGCCCCUCCCCAGGACCACCUUAUAAAGGAUUAUUAUGUCCACUUUACAGAAGAGGAAACUGAGCCUUGGGCAGCUUCUGAGCUUUGCCCUCUGUGGUCGGUCUCAUACAGCAGCCAGAGCCCCUGUUGAAACACAAGUGGGAUCCUGGCACUGCUCUGCUCAGAGCUCUCCAGCACCGUCGCUGUCGCACUUCAGAUAAAAGUCAGAGUCCUCGUGGAGACCAGUGGUCCUCACACCAGGAUCUUCCCCUCUUCUGCCCACCAGGGCAUCUGCAUUUGCUCUUGCUCCCGUCAGGAAUGCUGUUCCCCAGCUAGACACGCCGCUGGCUCCUCGCCUCCUGUGCGUUUUGCUCACGCGCCAGCCCUGUGAGGCCCUCCCUGCUGCCCCGUCCCCUUCCCUGGUGUACUUUACUUUGCUUCUGUCUGUAUGUGUCACACUGCAUUCUUGCUUUGUUCAUCCUGUUUAUUGGCUCUCACCACUGGAAUGUAAAUUCCAGGAAGGCCACUUGGCCUGCUCCAUGUUCUGGGGAACCCCCAGCAACUGGGCUAGUGUUGGGCACAGUAUAGUUGCCCAGUAAGUUAUUGUUGAAUUAAGGAGCCAGGGAGUAGGCUCCACUUGCCCUCGAGGAGCUUAGAGUUUGUCAGGGAGACAAACCAGCUCAUGUGACUACAAAGCAGAACUUGUUCAGUCGCACGACCCAGUGGCAGCCAUCGAGUCAUUUUAAAUCCCGGCAAACAGUGCAGCAAAAUCGUACCUGUUUUCUCUGCCAGAUUUUAAAUCACUGGGUCUCUAGAAACAGUGCAGAAGAAAACCACAAAUAAGACAGACGCCACAACAGUUACAGUCACCGUUUUCUGGCUUUGUUUUUUGAUGGAACUUUUGCGUGUGCCCGUGCCAAACCAGACAUUUUGGUACCUGAACAGUGGCUGUCAGCCGUUCAUGUUCCCCUGUCUUAAGGCCUGGUUUUGUCCAUUGUGAGUAGCUCCUCCACGCUGCUAAGUUGGACAUCUGAUCCCUGCGUGGUAGGUAUUGACUCGGGAGAUGAAGGCCUGGUUGAGGUUCCAGAGCAGAGCUGAAUGUUAACCCAGGACUCUCUGUCCAGUGCUCUCUCCUCCGCCCUGCAUAUUCACCUGGUUGCUCCUUUGUGGGCACAGUCGUGUCUUUUUCUGCUUUGGGGUGUUCCCCACCCCACCACCUCUGCCCACACAAGGCAGAACCCAUCAGGCUAGGGUGCCCAGUACGUCCUAGAUGAAACGGAGUCAGCUGAAGGUAGUUGAGGGGAGCGGAGUACAGCACUAAGCGUCCGUGUGCCACAGUACAUGAGGGAGGAAGGCUGCGGAGGGCCUGCGCUGAUGCCUGCGGAGGCGCGAUGCCCUUGCGUUUGGUGCUGGUCCUUGGAUGAUCCAGGAGCACAGCCUCCCACUGUCCCCAGGCUUCUCCUCAGACCACAGGUCCUGGGCUAUGGAACUGAAGGCCAGGAAAUGGGGGUGUGGUUUACAGAGACCCUCGGGGGACAUCCUCAAGGUGCGUUGUCUGGAGGGCCCUGACUCUCUCUCUGCUCCCAUCCUUGCCCAGCUCCCCCUCCGGGGCUUCGCGGGACGCUGGAUCUCCAGGUUAUCCGCGUGCGGCUGGAGGAGCCCCCGGCAGUCAGCCUCCUGCAAGACUGGUCCAAGCAUCCCCAGGGCACCAAGGG